ACAAUUUCGGGCCGUCACUCGUCUCUAGUGUAUAGUCAAUGCCGUCGCCGCCGACGACCGAGUACACUACGUUCUUAUUUCAAUAUUAAUAUUAUUUCCAUUUGAACAAAAAUAUUUUAUAUUGUUGAACUCGCGCCCGCCAGUGUGAAAAACGGUGAAUGAAAUAAUAUUAUUUUUAAACCGCCGCCGUCGCUCGUUAUUAUUUACUUCGUCGUCUCGUCCGCCCGAUGUCUGUCGUUUACCGUGCCCGACGAUUAUUGAACAUUUAAAAAAAAUCAUAAUAUUAUGUUAUAAUAAUACGUCUAUUAUACGUACACACCGUCGCAUUAGUUUCGUUUUUGGUUUACACGCACGCGACACGCUUAUGCACCACACGUAUUAUUAUUUGUUUUACUGCCAGCUACGCGGCGGCGAUCGUCUGUUAUAUUUUUGUCACUGAACCAUAUAGCCACCAUACUUGCGGCUUUCCGCUGCGAAAUCGGUAUCAUGACUAAAGACCAAGCAAGUAAACGUUUUUAUCGUGUGGACAGUAAUUAUGAUUUUACUGCAUUUAUGGAUCGUGGCCAAACAGCUGCUUACGAAAACCGAUGGGUUUUUGAAACAGCUUGGGAAGUCUGCAAUAAAGUGGGCGGUAUUUAUACGGUUAUUAGAUCCAAAGCAUUCGUUUCAACUGAAGAAAUGGGAGAACAGUAUUGUUUAUUAGGUCCUUAUAAAGAAAACUAUGCUCGGACAGCUGUUGAAGAACUAGAAUUUGAAGGAGGAUCUCCUUAUCACACAGCAGUAACAAAAAUGAGAGAUCAAGGAUUUAAGUUGUUGACAGGUCGAUGGUUAGUCGAUGGUAGUCCACAAGUAAUAUUGUUUGAUAUUGGUUCAGCUGCUUGGAAAUUAGAUGAAUACAAGCAAACUUUAUGGGAUACGUGCAAUAUAGGAAUUCCACAUUUAGACAUAGAAGCUAAUGAUGCCGUAAUUUUAGGAUAUUUAAUAUCUGAAUUUCUUUCAGAAUUCCGAGCAGCAGCAGCAGCAUACAUUGAUUCAACACCGUUGGUGGUUGCUCAUUUCCACGAAUGGCAAGCUGGCAUAGGAUUAAUUGCAUUACGCACAAAAAAAGAACCAAUUGCUACAGUAUUCACAACUCAUGCUACAUUAUUAGGCCGAUAUCUCUGUGCGGGAAAUACUGAUUUCUACAAUAAUUUAGACAAAUUCAAUCUCGAUGAAGAAGCUGGUAAAAGACAAAUUUAUCAUCGUUAUUGUAUGGAACGAGCAGCAGCACAUGUUGCACACGUUUUUACCACAGUAUCUGAUAUUACUGGAAAAGAAUCUGAGUAUUUACUCUCCCGGAAGCCUGAUAUUAUAACUCCCAACGGGUUGAACGUUGUCAAAUUUUCGGCAUUACAUGAAUUUCAAAAUCUUCAUUCACUAUCCAAAGAGAAGAUUCACGAUUUUGUCCGAGGCCAUUUCCACGGACAUUAUAAUUUCGAUCUGGAGAAGACAUUAUAUUUCUUUACGGCUGGAAGAUAUGAAUUUUCUAACAAAGGAGCAGACAUAUUUAUCGAAGCAUUAGCUCGUUUAAAUCAUUAUUUGAAAAAUGCCAAUUCAGAUAUGACUGUUGUAGCCUUCUUAAUAUUUCCCGCGCGGACAGAUAACUUCAACGUGGAAAGUCUCCGUGGUCAUGCCGUUACCAAAAGCUUAAGAGACACCAUACUAGAAAUACAAACAAAAAUCGGUCGGAGGAUUUACGAAACAUGUUUAAGAGGUCGAAUGCCCGUCGAAGAUGAGUUGUUGAAUAAAGAAGACACAGUGAGAUUGAAACGGUGUCUGUACGCUUUACAGAGGGACGAUCUGCCACCUGUAACCACUCAUAAUGUAGUCAAUGAUUGGUGCGAUCCCGUAUUGAAUACGAUACGAAGAUGUAAGCUGUUCAACACCACAUCCGACAAAGUUAAAAUUGUGUUCCACCCAGAAUUCUUGUCUUCGACUAACCCGCUGUUCGGAUUGGAUUAUGAAGAAUUCGUGCGUGGUUGUCACUUGGGAGUUUUCCCGAGCUACUACGAGCCGUGGGGAUACACUCCCGCCGAAUGCACGGUCAUGGGAAUCCCGUCAAUAACUACAAAUUUGUCGGGUUUCGGUUGUUUUAUGGCCCAGCACAUCGCUGAUCCUUUGAGUUACGGAAUUUAUAUCGUGGACCGUCAAAACAUCAGCAUCGAAGAAUCUGUCAGACAACUGGCACAGUAUAUGUAUGAUUUUGCGAGAAUGAGUCGUAGACAACGGGUGAUCCAGCGGAACCGUACCGAACGAUUAAGCGAUUUGCUCGAUUGGCGUAAUUUGGGUAUUUACUAUCGUCAAGCCAGGUUGAAAGCAUUAUGUCAAGUGUUUCCGGAUAUGUUUGAUAAAGAAACAGAAAUGUUAUGCAUCACGGAAGCAUCGAGACGCCGAUACAACUAUCCUCGUCCUUAUUCUGAACCGCCGUCACCAUCGAGUAGCCGACCAACUACACCAGGCGCUUCACUGCACGGAUCAGACGACGAAGAUAUCGAUGAUGAACGUGAGCUUGCAGAGCUUUCGAACCAUAAAAAUCAUUAACUAUACAUACAUAGUUUGCUUCUGUAAUAAAUAUUAUAUAAUAUAUUUAACACGUAAUAUAGUACUUCUGAAAAAUGUAUUUAAAAUUUUUUAAGUGUAAAAAAAAAUAUGUUGUUUUUUACUAAAAAUACAUUUAUUUUAAUGAGAA